CAGGACAUCAGCUGGUACCUCUGUUCGACAGGUUCAUACAAAAGAGAGACAGCAUGGAUUAUUGUGGAAAGUACAUAGCAGUUAUUCUGGCCUUCAUAUUUGUCUUUAUGCAUGUGCUCCAUUCCUUUCCAGAAGGAGAUUUAAUGGUUCAGGGAUGCCCAGAGUGCAAACUUAAAGAAAACACAUAUUUUACAAAAAGACUUGGAAAGGCUCUGAUUUUUCAGUGUACUGGAUGCUGCUUCUCUAGGGCAUAUCCUACUCCAAUGAGAUCAAAGAAAACCAUGCUGGUUCCAAAGAAUAUUACAUCUGAGGCAACAUGCUGUGUGGCAAAGGCAUCCACAAGAGUCACAGUGAUUGACAAUUUGAAGAUUGAAAACCAUACAGAUUGUCAUUGCAGUACCUGCUAUUAUCAUAAAUCUUAAAUAUACCAUAAGUGUAAGACAGCAUUGCAUGUGAUAAUUAUUCUUGGCUGUCCUUCCCACAUUUGCAUGAUUUGAUCCCACAUUCUACAUAUAAAAAUUCACUUCUCCUUAAUGGUUGGAAUAUUAUUGUUUUGAAAAUAAAAAUGCUUUUGCAUGACUGUUAUGAUAUUUAAAUUUGAAAACAUUUAUCAUUACUGUUUUACAAACGUGAUCUUUUCUGGAAAAAAACAAUGAAACUAUAUAUGAAAUGUAUAUUUCUUGGGUGUCAUAUUUUUUAUCUUAUUGUCUUAGACUCUUGGAAUAUCUCCCAAGUGUACCUUAUAAAAUUCUGUGUCCAUAUACUUUCUCUCCCCAUUGGGCCCUAUGCAAUCGACAAAUCUCCUCUUCUUCGCGGCAACUAAUCCGAUUUGCCUUCCCCUGCCUUCCGCAGGUUAGAAAUGUAAAUCAGAGGAAGGCAGAUCGGGAAGAUUAGUCGCCGCAAAGAAGAGGAGAUUUGUCGCUUGGCGACUAAUUUCCACGAAUCUGCCCGUGUGGCCAGACCCUUAGGGUGGGCAUCACUUGGGCUGUAGGCCAUUCAUAAGCAUAUUUCGAGUUAAACUAGUGACUAUGGGUCUAGAAUGGAUCUGGAACACUCUGCUGUCACAAGACUUUGACUACAAAUUUGUACUGAAGAAACACAGCCUGUAGACUCAAUAUUGCCAUAAGUGACUUUUCAAGUUUAUGUAGUGCAAUUUCUGAACUGCCUGUGCAAGUCCUUUAUACUAAUAGCAUUUAAUAAUGAGUUGGAUGCACUUCUCUCAGAAACAAUUAAGACAAGAUUUAUUCUUUCUGUGGAUUUGCCUCGGUUAAGAAUAUUGUUUUGCUUAUCUCUUGCUAAAUAUGGAAUGAAAUUAGCAAAACUAAACUUAAAGGGAUUCUGUCAUGAUUUUUAUGAUGUAGUUUUUAUUUCUAAAUUAAAUUGUUUACACUGCAAAUAAUUCACUCUACAAUAUAUAAUUUCAUUCCUCUA